CAUCUAAAAAGUCGCAACGUCUGUUAUCGGGUAUUUUCCAACAAAAAUUAAAGACAACUUCUUCCAAAUCAUCAGGAGUUUUUGGAAACAAAAGUGGGCAUAUUUCAUUACUAACUUCUUGAAUCUGUUGAUUGGCUAGAAUUCAACCUUAUUGCUCAGAAAUAAGCAGCUAUAUAAAUAGCACCUUUAAUAAACAGAUACAAAUUGACAGAAACGAUAGAUGAAAGUUUCUAUAAUCAAGCAUUGAAAGGGAGGUUUAUUUAAAGAAAGAAACGACGUUGAAAAUUUCAAUACUUUUACGUUGAAACUUGAAUUUCAGAAAGGACGGUUUUUUAAGCAGUUUUCCUUGCCAAAAUGCCCGCAAAACAUAAAACGAGAAAAAAGGAAUAUAAGAAGAAACGUGAUAGAAAGGAGGCUAGCCAUGCAAGAAAGAAGAACAAUUUGAAAAGUAAAAAGAGAAAAAGCGAAACAUUCGAUGAAGUGAAAACAAAUGAAAAAGAAGGAACUAAUGUAGAAACAGAAAAUACAGCUGAGAAGAACUUAGCAAUAGCCAACGAUGGUUUGUCUGUUGAAGAGAAGCCUUUUGAGAACGAAGAGAAAGAAUUUGAAGCAACUUUUCAAAUUGUUCCCUCUCACGAGUGCAAGAAAUAUGACAUAACUAACCCUGUGUUGCAAGAUUUUAAACUGGUGUCCAAUCAGCGAGAAAGCAACUUAAACCAUCAAGAAUCAAAUAGUUUUAUUGACAACGUCAAGCAAUAUAAAGAAAACCAGAAAACUGAAUCGAGAAAUACUUCGCCAAAUGUUGAUCAAGAUUGUAGAAAGUCGCAAAGCGCUCUAAGUGAACUUGAUGGUCUGUUCUAUUCUUUGACCACUGGUUCUUCGGACAAAAAGAUUCAGGAUACUAUUGUUAAAAUGUGUGAGAAUGUUUUACUCAUUCCUUCAAAUAGCGCUUUGGAACAGGAAUACAUUCAUUGGAUAUUACAGAAAUCAGCUUCUACGAAAACAAAUUAUUGUCAAAGUUUGUGUCUAUGUGCAGUGAUAGGUCACUUGGUUGAUAUGAAAAAAGGGGAUUUGUUAACCGUUGAGCUUAGUGACCAUACGAAAUCUGCGUUCGAUAAAUUACUUGCACAUCUUCAUAUUUGUCAGCAAAAGCACACUAAAAUACAAGAACCUGUAAAAAGCUAUCUUGAAAGUGGAGCUCGCACAAUUGUAUUGGGAUGUAGUUGGCCGGGAUGGCUCACAUAUGCCGCUUAUUUCAAACAUUUUCUCGGUAUAAAAUACAUUCUUAAAACAGAGUUUGAAACGAAUACACACCAUUACAGUGAAGAGGAAUUCCUACAUCUUUUAACACCACUUGUGUAUGGAAUCGAACAUAUAAAAAGAGUGGAACAUUACGAGCAGCCUAUCUAUCAUCAGUAUCUUCAACGUAUUAUGCAGUAUAUUCCCAACUACAAAGCAUUGUUUCUAAUGUCUGAAUAUGAAAAUAUUCGUCGAUUUUUCUUUUCGUACCCUGAUAGACAAAACUUCUUCUUCAAUUUCUAUCAAACAAAGUUUAUUUCCGACCCCGGAAGUCUGGAGACAAAACUCAAUGGUUUUGAUGAACUUCCUAUCAGCGUACGAGAAAAACUUCAUUAUUUUAUCGUCAAUUAUAUUUUGGAAUUUCUCAAAUCUACCGACUAUUCAUUGAAGGAAGACAAUGAUGCAAUUUUAAAUUUCCUUUCUAAGGUUUCGCUUGAUCAGUUCUUGGAUCUACUCUUCUUCCUUUCUAAUUCGAACGAAUUAUACCAACGCGACUGGUUUUUUCGUAUCAUAUGUGAAGAAAGCCUCCAAAGCAGUUGGGAAAAAAUUAAAAGUAAUGAUAGGUAUCGUCUGUGCAAAAAUUGGAUUGACCGAAUGGUCGAUUCUGGAAAGAAUAGCCUGAAUAGGCUUGGGCGCUUUAAAGCUCUUUUACUAGCCGUGAACAGUUUGCUAUCCUGCUGUAAAGCUUUUGUUGAUGAAAGUUUCGUUUCGCGUUUAUCGAAAGAAAUCGCCACGGACUUUUAUCAUGAGAGUCUUUUCAAUAUAUUGGAAGACUCGAAGGAGUUUGAUGACUAUUCACCUCUUGUUAAGAAUUUGAUAGCGGAUUUGAUCUUGCAAAAAUUGAAAAAAAGUCCCAAUCUUCUGCGUAAUGGUGAAAUCAUAAAGUAUUUUUCUGCUAAACGCAGUACAUCAUUUCAGCAGCGUAUUCUGGAACACAUCGCAAAACCUGUGAUAUCUGGAUUGGAAACCUGUCUCAUCUAUUGCAUUUUGGAUGUCUUGCAUGAAUUGCGUGUUAAGUGGCUUGAAAAUAAAACCUGCAAUAACGAUGUUUUGACCGAAGCACUUCAGUAUUGUGAAGUUUGGGUAGAAUUGCUUACUUUAAAAGAAGUUUUCAGUUCGACGGACGCUUUUCAGGAGUGGGUAAAGUUGUGGCAAUAUGUCGAAGAAUGCAUAAUGAGUGAAGAUAUCACUGUUUCUUUUCUUAUCAAAAUUGAAAGGUAUAAGAAACAUUUAUUUUCAAUAUUUUCUGCUUUGAGACGUGAUGAUGAUCAAGUACGAAAGAACUGCUUAUUGCACACCGCAAGACUUUUUCGAACUGAGAAGGAACUUCGAAAGAAUGUCGAACUUUUGUUAGAAGCUGAGAAGUUUUCACAAAAUGUUUUACCAAGACCCGGCUGGGAACUGAAAGAAAGUAUCAGCGAUUGUCAUGUUAACUCUCUGAAGAUCAAAGAAGUCAACGACGAUUUUUGGAAGCCAUAUAGACCUUUAUUGAAGCAACUUGAGCCAAUCAAAAUGCUUCUAAAUUCUGUGUCGUUUUCUAGAAUUGCUAAAAUCGUUGUGAAAGAAACUGUGGAUUUCGACCGACAGAAUAUGACCAUUGACAGAGAUCUUCAGAUUUGUCUAUUUCAAGUUCUUACUAAGCAAGGCGUUGAUCGUUUUACAGCCGAAUGGCAGCAAAUAUUUCAGAAUAUAUCUGAUAUAACUAUCGGUCAAAUGAAAAAUGUACUUGGUGAUCUUGAUCCACUCAAGCUGGAUGAUGAGCUGUUUCGUUUAGAAAGCUAUUUUGAAGAAAAGUUUUCGUCACAUGUGAAAAUUUAUGUGAACGACUACACGAAAUUUCCUCGUGUUCUAAAGCAAGCGAUGCAUGUUACGAAUUUGUUAAACGCAUUUGGAAUUCACGAUUUCACACAAAGUGCCAAAAUUUCUCGACUAAUGGAAUUUUGCAGCAUGUUUGAUGGUGAUGAAGAUAAGAUUGUCAUAAAAACGUUUCAUACAUUAAUUGAACAAGUUGAAUACAUUAUUUCCCUGUAUGACAUUGACAAUACUGACAAGGUAAUGAUUGAACUCGGUGACGCACCUGAACUUAUUAAGUUCAUUUGUGAAAUUGUCGAUGAAGAUAUUCGUGUUCUCAUUGAUGCUGUGGAGGAACAUUCUGAUGAGGCUGUUCAGGCUUCCGUGGUUUCUGAUCUUAUUCAAGUGCAUGGUUUCUUGGCUCCCAUCAUUAAAAAGCGCGAUUUUCCUCCAGAUCUCAUAUUGACAGCACUGGUAGAUACCUGCAAGAAGCAAACUAAAAUGGCAGAGAAAAUUCAUUAUUGCAGCGAGUAUGUUCACAGUCUGCGAGGAUUGUAUCAAAAUCUAGCCAAUCGAGAGGAAAUGACGAGAGAAAUAAUCAAACACUGUCUAGCCAAUGGUGUCUUUAAUAUAAAAUUAGAUAGUUCUGGCUCUUGUCAAAUUACCAUGAUUUAUCAGAAAGAAAAAAAUAAAAUCGUGGUAAAAUCAAUGGAUGAUCUUCAGGAUCUACGUAGUCGUGCUCAUUUGAUUUUAAGUUCGGAGCAGAUUCCUGAAAACUUGACGGAGAUCAAAACAAAAGAUGCAGUUAAUUUCUAUGCUUUUAUUGAGCAAGUCAAUCUACUAUCAGAAAUUGAAGAAGCAAUCAUCAAUCUUCAGUCAUCUGGUUACGUGAAAUAUCAAAAAGAUUGCGAGUGGGAAUCUUUGUCUGGAACGAAGGAUUUGGAGGAAACAAUGAGUCAGCUCUCUAACGAUUUCAAGGAUUGGCAACAAAGUCUAAGCGAAGCCCGAAAACAUCAUUAUUUUCUGAAUUAUUUCUGGUCAGAUCAACUAAGUGUGAUUUUCAAUUUCAUUUCAAGGGAAAAUUCAAGCGAAAAUGAUGUCCAGAACGUCGUUACUUUGAUGAAAUUUGUUGAUCCAACUAUCAAUGCAAAACGAUUAAGGAAUUUUCAAAGUUUUUGUGUUGUCGAUAAAUUUGGAUCUCCACUCGAAAUAGUUGAAGCAAUUGGUAGUGCAUUGAAUGACAUUUUUUCUGAUGUUCGUCCCACAUUAUCGUCAAGAAAGAUCUUCAAUGACAUCAUUCACCCUAAACCUAAUUUAUCUGUUCAUAAUGGUGAGCUCUAUAUUGUUGCUUUAGAAAAAGACAGUGUGAAGACUGUUAACGUAAUGCUGUCUCUAUAUGAAAAUACAACGAAUGCUUUUCCAGAACCACAUCAAGUUUUGUUUUGCAAUGAAACCACCCCUUGGGAACAGCUGCACAUUUUUCUCAGCAGAUGUUUUAAUCUAAGCAAGAAUCCAGCCUGUAAUAGUUUAUUCUGUCUAUCCAACGUCGAACUUCUCUCCAAUGAAGUUCAGUUUAACUUGGUGGAUUAUAUAAAAAAGAAAGAAUUUGAAGAUUGUGAGCAAAAUUAUCUACUGGCAAUUAUUUGUAGAGGUGGUGCACAUCAUCAUAUAAUUGAAGAAUUUUCAAAGUUUGUACAUCAUAUCUCUGGCAUGUCGUAUCCUGAAAUUGCUAGACGAUUCAAAUCCAAGUGGCCGCAUGUGAAGUGUGUAGCAUCCACAUUACAAGGACUUGGAAAGACGGAAUACAUUCGCAAAGAAGCAUUUCGUGAAAGUCUAAAUGUUGUUUCAUUUCCCAUAACUGGGAAAAUGAAUGAAAGCAAAGUAAUAAAACGACUAAAGAACCUUCGUCUGAGAGAUUUUAAUUGUCUUCAUUUUGAUAUCAGUAAUGUUGAAAACCCAAUGUUGUUGGAUACAUUUUUGUUCCAGUUAAUUGUCACUGGUAUGGUAAGUUGUGGUACUCAAAUGUACAACCUUCAAAACAAGAAGAUAUAUAUCGAAAUAGCCAAUUCAUUCAACAACCAACUUGUGAAUAGCUUGGUGAUAACACGUUGCUUUCCUUCAAUUGAACUGACUUGGAACGACUAUAAUGACUUACAAGUCAGCAGCCAGAUUACUAGCAAUGUUCAAGUUGUGUGUCAGUAUUUGAAUGUAUACGAGAAUGGGGAAAUUGACGAGACAGAUAUUCAUUUUGCUGGCCCUGAAAAAGUAAAGCCAUUGUCGAAGGAAAGAUGCCGUGAGCUGCUGCGCAUUUAUUACGGUACGAAUAAAGAUAUCGCAUUCACAUCAGUCUACACAUUUUUAGGUUUUUUCGCUGAUCAACUGAGAAAAUUUUCGAAGAGUGCAUUUUUUAAGGUGAAUAAUUUAAAGCUCAUGCUUGAGAACAAUGCUUUGGGUCUACGUAAAAACUUGCUUGAGACACUGCUCGUUGUAUCCAAAGAUUUUUCUUCAAGAUCUUUGUCAAGUCAUGCGCAACGAACAUCUUCUUCAUCACAUGACCAAAACAUUGUUCAAAGAAUGGAAGGAAUGAUUCAAUGGGAACAAAGUAAUCAUCUGUUGAUUGUUUUUCAGAGUGUUGACUCUCAAACAAUUGCUGCAUUCUAUCGUGAAAAAUCGAAAGUUCCCCUAAACAUCAGCAAACUUUUAGAAAGUCAAAUGAAAGACCUUGUUGAUUUCAAGUCAUUGAGGCCUAGUGAAUUACAUCAAAUGCUAGAAAAGAUUGCUCGUACAAGGCUGUGUCAAGAAAUAACGGCUAAGACUACGACGUUUUCUAACUAUGUAUUGACUCCAGAUAACUUGCUAAAGAUGAUUUUGAUAAUACUUCGCGUUAGAGCUAAGAUUCCUAUUAUCAUAAUGGGAGAAACUGGUUGUGGGAAAACAAGUCUUGUAAAAUACUUAGCAUCCACUUGUGAAAUUCCAUUCUCAAUCUAUAAUUUUCACGCUGGACGCACUGAAGACGAGAUUACAGAAUUUAUUGAAAAGGAAAGCGCUCGAGCUCGCAUGGAUAAUAGUCAAAGAUGGAUAUUCUUGGAUGAAAUCAAUACAUGCCACCAUCUUGGAUUAAUCAAUGAAAUAAUGUGUCAUCAUACCUUACUCGGGCGUCCAAUUUCCAGAAAACUGGUCUUUAUUGCUGCUUGUAAUCCUUACAAAUUACGAUCGCUAGAAAGUUCAUCAACAGCUGGUCUUGAAGGAAAAAAAGUUGAUGAUGAAUAUUCCAAGUUAGUUUAUCGUGUUCAUCCUUUGCCAGAAUCCAUGGUUGAUUACGUUUGGGAUUAUGGGUCAUUGACGCCACAAGAUGAGAAAGUUUACAUUGAAAGAAUGGUGAAUGAAUUUCCUGGAGAAUACCAACACGUUUUAACGGAGCUUCUUGCUUUAUCUCAAUGUUUUAUUCGAAAAUCUGAGAAGAAUCCAUUCUGUGUAAGUUUACGUGAUGUUCAACGUUGCAUUCUUCUUGUGAAGUGGUUUAUUGUUACAUUGAAGGAACAGAAAAAAUUAAUGGAAGAAAGAAAAAGGAAAGGUAAAUCAACUCUUCCAUUUCCUUUUAAUUUGAGGAAAUAUGAAAGUCGGUCUAAGAAGUACGAUAGUUGUCCAGUUGUAAAAAGCAUUGUUCUUGCUCUGGCACAUUGUUAUUUGUCAAGAUUGUUAAGAGAUGACUUGCGAAGAGAAUACAUACAAAGCCUUACACGUUCACUUGCAUCAAUUGACGUUGAUAAAAAAAGUUUUAAAGCCAUAAUGCGUAUGGAGCAAGAGAAUUAUCUUUUACGCAUGGAGCUUCCAGAGGGAACUGCAAGAAAUGCAGCUCUUCGUGAAAACGUUUUCAUCAUGUUAGUAUCAAUUCUCAAUCGUAUUCCUGUGUUUGUUGUGGGAAAUCCAGGUUGCAGUAAGUCAUUGGCAAUUCAAUUGAUUAGAAGUAAUCUUCGUGGAAAAGAUUCAAAAGACGCAUUUUUUAAAACGCUACCUCAUCUCUAUGUUGUCUCUUACCAAGGAUCAGAGUCUUCUACAUCUGAAGGUAUUGAAGAAAUUUUUAAAAAGGCUUCAAAUUACAAAGAGCACAACAAAUCUAAUAAUGUAUUACCAGUGGUUUUAUUGGAUGAAGUUGGAUUGGCAGAAAACUCACCGAACAAUCCUCUAAAAGUUUUGCACAGUAUUCUUGAACCAGGAAAAGGAGAGUUACCCGAGGUUGCAGUUGUCGGUAUUUCCAAUUGGGCUUUAGAUGCCGCAAAAAUGAACCGGGCAAUCCAUCUCUCUCGACCAGAACCUUCAGUGAAAGAUCUUAGUGAAACAGCUAUUUCUCUUUAUCAAGGUGAAAAUGUUAUUGAUGAAUCGACAGAGAACGUUCUUCGUUGUCUUGCUGAAGCUUAUUAUGACUAUCGCGCCAAUCAGUCACAUUCUAAUUUUCACGGUCUUCGUGACUAUUACUCUCUUGUGAAAAGUCUUAAGGGAGGCAGAUGUCCUGACAUGGAAAACAUAAAUAUUGCUCUGAAACGAAAUUUUGGAGGUAUUCCCGAAGAAACAAGUAACGUUCAAGAAAUUUUUAACCGAGAACUUAAGUCAGAGGUUCUUAAUAGCAAGACUGAGAACAAAAUUCAAGUAACCCGACUCAUUCAAGAAAAUUUGAAUGACGUCAAAGCUAGACAUCUUAUGCUUAUUUCGAUUGGUGAUUCUGCUAUUGGCAUCCUGAGACAACAUGUUUUUCAGUCUACAAAGGAAACUAUCACAAUUUUUGGCAGUCAUUUCGAGGAAGAUGUAUCCGAUGAUUACAACUAUAGAAUGUUAAGUCGAAUCAUACUUUGUAUGGAACGUAAUUGCAUUCUCAUUCUUCGUGAUCUUGAAUGUAUAUAUGGAAGUUUAUACGACAUGUUGAAUCAAAAUUAUUCUGUCGUUGGAGGAAGAAAAAACUGUCGAGUUGCCCUUGGUGCCAACAGCAAUCCCAUGUGUUAUGUAAACGAUGGAUUUCGCUGCAUCGUCCUUGUUGAUCACGAUCAAGUCGAUUAUUCCGAUCCUCCAUUCCUGAACAGAUUUGAAAAACAACUUCUUCGUUUUUCAGAUAUGUUGAAUGAAACCCAACAUGAAAUUAUGAAAGAAUUAGAGUCAUGGGUUCACCAAAUGUCGAGUGUGGAAGGUUUCAGAGAUAAGUUCAAGGAAAAGGAUAUGUUCAUUGGUUUUAAUGAAGACACGUUACCUUCAUUGGUUCUGUAUCAUAGUCACAAUUCUGAUGAGUCAAUGGAAGUCGUCUUAAGGAAGUGCAAAGAUGAUCUUAUGUGGAUUGCAACUCCUGAUGGAGUUCUACGCUUGAGUAAAUGUAAUUAUUAUAAGGAAGAUCCGCAAGAAGUAGAAUCGAUUUCAUAUGAAUAUUUUAGAAAGCCAGUUCACGGCGGACUUGCAUCAUUUAUAUCGCAUGUUGUGGAACAUUUAUUUUAUGAUGCGGAAAGUGAAGCUUGCUCAAUAACAUUAUUGAUGACACAUGCCUCUGUUCACACAGAUAUUAGUCAUUGCUUUCCCAUGAAAAAAAUGUCUUUUCAACUUGAGCGACUUGGAGCCUACAAGUCUGGUAAGCAACUCGAAGACAGAAUACAUAUUUUUUUUACAUCUGACAAAGAGCUUUUAAUCAUUCAAUGCAAACCAGAACUGGAUGCAGAACAUAUGCCUCUCACUCGAUCAAUUGUUGAAGAAAAACGAAAUGCCUUCACUAAAAAAUUUAGGGAAGCUCGGUCCACCAUGCAAAGAAAACACGUCUGCAUGAUUGUCCACGUGCGUCGAGCAUCUCAUGAAAACACUCCACGAUGGCAGUUAAAUUUCGUUAGUGGAUGGAAGCAAGUUUUCCUUGAUACACUCGAAGUACCAUCAAUUCCAGUGAAUGAAAUAUUUGAUCAAAGUAUCGACCAUCUUCUUUCAAAGUCCGUUUGUUCUUUUCAAGAACUGGCUGUGAAAUGCAUAAUGUGGUGUUUUAAUUGCUUGAAUUAUUUGCAUUAUUCAAGGCAGCAAGAAAGUGUAUUACACAUUGCAAAAAAUUUGCUUACGUCAAACAAUGUCAGCAUGACUAUCCAGCAUCUUGUUUUGAAAGAAUUAUCGCAAAGCAUUGACAGAUCGUCGGAAAAUGAAAGGGAGCAUUGGCUAGUGAAAGUUGCUACCGACGUGGAACUUCUUUGCAAUUCUUCAAAUGUUUCUUCAGCGAUAGAACAAUAUUUGUUGUUUCUUGUGCGCAAGCCGCUAGCAAAGCUAGUUUACUUCUUGGAAAGCGAAAACGCCUGGCCACCACAUCUUUUAUAUGAAAACGUUACUGAAGACAAAGAGUUAUGGUGUGAUCUUAUUAAGGAUAUAUCAAUUUUUGAUUUCAAAAUGAUUCCGGAUUGCCAAGGAACCAAUUCAUAUUCGAUUACUGGAUUACGUCAUGAUUUGAAGGUACCGUUUAGUCAAGUGAUUGCCAAGAAAAUACAAGAAACACGAAGCUUUAUUUUGAAAGAAUACACUAAAGCAUUGGAAAAUGAGGAAAACUAUGAGGAAAAUGGCAAUUUUAAGAAGGUUGCUUUGGUAGAACAACUGGAACGAUACUCAAAUGCUUUCCAGAGCUAUGCUCCUUGUGUCAUCCUUUUGUCAGAGUACUUUGCAAGCUCUUAUAUGGCUGACAUGUGGGACAUAAUAUCAGCAAAUUUUCACGAGAAGAUAAAUGUCGAGAUAAGGAUACCUCUUGUUAUGUGUGUCUUUUUGUCCUUUGCUAAACCAUGGUGUCCUCUUAAAGAAAACGAUCCAAUUAAGUUUUACGCUUUGCUCCAUUUGUUUCUUUGGAAAUGUAAAAAGGAAAUAAGCCAACAUUUACAACUCAUUGCCGGAUUUCUCGAAUUGAAUUUUACCCUAAACUCUCUUUCACAAUCACUUCAAGAUUUUUUCAAUGACAACAAAGAUAUUUUACCCAUUAUUUAUGUCAGUGAUGAAAGGCUUUGUCGAAAUUAUUUUGAAGAAAAAGAUGACGGCAUCAACACCAGCGAUGAUGACUUCAGUGAUAGUGAAUAUUCUUCUAGUGGGGAAGAGAUUGAUGGAGAUGAAGUUAGUGAAAGUGAUGACAGUGAAGACGAAGAAUCUGAAGAGGAUGAAGAAGAAAGCUUUGAGGAAUACUUGGUGACAUCAAUCUGUGAGUACAUGUUUCCUUCGGAAAGGUCAAUACACAAAAAUGGUGGAUUGGAUAACUGGAUAAGAAAUUCCAGGUUAUUGUUGCUACUAUCAUCCAAAGUCUGCAAUGCUGCACCUGCGUAUCAUUUCUUACGUUUAUGUGUGAAUUUUGGAGAAGUUGUUCAGCAAUCUGGAAUCCCAGAGGAAAAAUUAUAUAUUUUUACUGAAAUAGGAACAGAACUCGAUCCUGAAUACCUUGAUGACGAUAACUCGCUUCUGGUGAUAAAAGAAAAAUUGUUAGAUGAUGUGGAACAUCUUAUGAGAGGUAACGAGAAAAAUCAAAAUAUAUUACACAAAUUCAUGUCUCAGUAUUACAGUCGUCACGUUGAAGCUAAAAUGGAAAGAACAUCAUCGCGGCCAAUCAUUGAAUAUGUUUUUUCUCUGAAUGAUCAAGAUAUAAGGAUAAUGACACCUGUCCUUUAUCGCCUGUUGUACAUUGAAGAAGCUCUUUAUCCUGGGACAUAUAUUGAUAUCGUCCUAGAUAAAACUAUCGGCGAGAAUAAGUGCUUAAUUAAAGAUGUUGACGACAUCUUGAAGGAGCGAUCAAACGACCUAUCAAUUCAUUAUGACUCUCAUGCAGCUGUAAUAAUAUGUGAUUUAAUUCAUUCUAUUCAAUGUUUUGACGAGCAUUUUUCCAUUGAAAAAGUAAAUGAUCAUGGCAGUGACCUGAUGAGCUGUUUUCGUUCAGCAACAAGCGCAGUAACCGGUAUCAAUGAUAACUUUGGUAUUGUCUUUCUUUCAUCCGUCGCAUUUCUUCGAGGAUUUUUUACAAUGUUAUCCGAAGAGCCUGAUAUUCUCACCUAUGAAACGGAAUACUCAAACAUUUUAAGUGAAAUAAACUCCCUUCUAGAUGGUGACGACGAAAGGCGAUCUUCCAUUCGAUUAUAUUUCUUAAAACAACUUUAUGCAUCUGGCAUGACCAUGUCUGAUCUUCAAAAGUUAUGUUGUGAAAGCAGUCAACUACCCGUGAUGAAAAAUAUGUUUGAGAAAAACUGUAACUUUGUGAAGUUUGAAUUUUUUUCGGCUACCAGGAUGGAUAGACACAAAGAAGUAAGAGAAUCCUUGUUACUACAGGGUAAAGGAAACGAUGGUAAAUUAGAUGGUGUUCUACGAAAAUGUGAAAAUUCCUCCAAAUAUCGUCUUGCCUUAAUGGGACUCAUUAUCAAUAAUUUUUAUGUGAAAAGAGAAACUGGUAAUCUCAACGAUAAUGAAGAAAAAAUGGCUAGAAAAUUAUACCAAAAAGUCAAACGUUUUCCAAAUCAUUUGAAGCAACUGGUUUCAAAAUUACUUGGUUUGGAAAAAUUCAAUCAUCAUGGAUUACAAGUUUCCUCUGAAUCGUCUACUGAGCAAUUUGAUAUUGCUUUACUGAUACUUCAUGUAUUGUGUGUUGUUUUGAGCAGCGAUGGCAUUGAAAAUUCUCCAUUGCUUCAAUACGUUAUCAACCAAAAGAAUUUCCAUCCAACCACCUUACUUGGACAUGGAGAAAAACAUCGAAUGUUGGAUCAGUACCGAUACGUAAAACAUGCUUCAUUUAAAAAUUGCUUGUGCAAGUUACACCUUCAAUAUUAUGGUCAAUUGGAAAAAUGUCCCAACUGUGGUACAGAAGUGGAUGUUAACGAUCAUGGUGAUUCUAUCUAUGAUGAAACAUUGAAAUCUUAUUUUGAUAGCACUAAGAAUAAAGAUUGGGAAACAUGCACUGUGAACAUGGAGCCGUCUGUCUAUCGAGCGUUACAUUUGAUUGUUAACGCAUGUUUUUAUGGAGGAAUUGCCGCUGGAUUAUCUUCAAAUGAAGCAAUACUGAAGACUCGUUUUCCUGAGAAUGAAAAUGGAAGUUUUGCAGAUGCUUGUCUUAAUCAAAUAAACGAAGAUCUAAAAUGUUUGCAGACUAUUCUUUCUUGCAAGAGACAAACUGCAAUUGAUGUAAUGCAGCUAGUGGUUGAAGAAUCUACUCCACUGCUUCAAGGAAUCACUCUAAGUGGAAAUACUGUAAUAAGUGAAACAGAAUGUGUGCAAUGGGAAAAUAGCUUUGCAGACAUGGCUAGCAAUGUCUUCUCUGAAUUCCUUGGAUCAUCAAGAGCUCUAAAACUUAAACUCGAGGAUCACCUGCACCUCCAAAAUGAAAUUCUUGAACUUGAUGAAUAUCCUGAUGAUUACGAGGAGAGAAACCUAAAACUCAAAAAAUUGUUUCGUGUCACCAAAAAAGGGUCUGUUCCAGAAUUACGAACAAAAUUCUUUAACUCUUCAAAAAAAAAUCAAAAGCAGCAUCUUGUUCUGUCUCUUUUUUUGUCUUGGUUUGACGAGCUUCCUUAUCUUACAAACUUGUAUCCUCUAAUAAACUGGACACGUUACGUCAUAUCCACAUUGACCCAUCGCAUCAGCAGAAAGAAAGUGCAAAUCUGCCCUAUCAGCGAUUUAAUUGAUGGUGUUUUUCAACAGGAAGGAAUGGAAGAGAAAGAGGAACGCAAAACAAUGUUUCAAAAAUUUAAAGUCGCUUGGAACAAAAUGCAUAAGAUCGUGAAUCAGCACUUAGAUGAGAAUCAAGAAGAAAUGCCUUAUAUUGGGGAAGAUACUCCCAUUGGCUACUGUCUUUUAGAUGGCGACUUGAGCGUAUAUUUAAAAACAGCAAUAAAAAUUCUUCAGUCAAUGCAGAACAGCUUUUUAGACUCUAUGGUCGCGAUAUCAUUGAGAACGAAACAUCCAGCUGUUAGUUUCCUCUCAAAAAGUGAGAACUGCUGUGGUGUGAUGUCAAUAUCACUACAAGAUGUUAAAGAAAAAGAUAUCAUCAAUAUGGAGUGGUCAAACAAAUACCUGAGGUACACACAGAAUCCAGAGUAUGGUUGUGGAGAAGAUAUUGAUUAUGAUUUUGAGCAGAUAGAAAACAUCUUGACUAAUGAAGUAGUUUUGGGAAAACUUUAUCUUACAGAUAUUUCAAGUACAUUCAUAUUUUCCCAUGAACUCUUCCAUUCCUGUGCAAAUAUAUUGAUGAAGAUUCGUGAGUUGUGCCCUCAAACUCCCACUCUUCCUAAAGAUCUUUGUCAAGGAGUUGAAAACCUUAAAGAACACAGAAAACAAGAUGCACGUAACUUACUUCAAAACAUUGAGAUUAUCAUAUAUUUACUGCAUUCUGGUCCAUGUCCUGGUACCAAAUCCAUCGAAGAAAUUGAAAAUAUGGAACUUGUUGAAUUCGCUGACAGAUUCAAAGAUAAACUUCCACGUCCGUUCCCAGUUGACUUGUUACCUGAACCUAAGAAAUCCAUUCAUCUUACUCAUAUUGCAGCUCUGUAUGAAGAAUUGGAAGAUGUGCUUGCCGAUGGUACCAUCGAAGGUUUACCAAUACAGUUUCGAGAUGAUUUGGAUGAUGUAGCGAAGAAGCUGGACAAUUUAAUCCAUCAUAAAAAUGGUACAAUCAAGUCGAAAGAGCUUCUUAAAGUUUUACGUCGUUUUGUCUUCCGUUAUUUGUCAGCUGAAAAGUUCCUCCCUUCGGCAGAAACACCGUUACGUAAAUGCCUACGACAGCCAUCAUUGUGGACACAAGAAACACCUCCAGAUGAAGAUCUUAUCUCAGAAGAAUUGGUGCUGGGAAACAUAUUUGCAAUCAUCCAACAUUUGCAACUGGAGCAAAACUUGCCAAGUCAACAUCAUUUGCAACGUCAACAAACUAGUCGGGCUGCUCCUGCUAAAAGACGAAAGGGACGAAUGGCCAUCGACUUUGAUAAUUUGUAAUCAUAUUUAUGGACAACAUCGUUUUGUUUGAAAUCGCAGCAUUGAUUAAGAUUUAAAUCAUUCAACAUAAACAUAAAAAGUGUUUUGAAAAGUAUACUUUAGUGUUAAUGAGUAGUUAUAAUGCAAUUAAUAAGUACAGUAAGUUGUUAAACACGUAGAUAAAAUGUUUUUCAUUUAUAAAAAUACAAUGUCAACAAAA